AAAAUACGCGAGAUCAUCCUCAUCCUCCUCCCCCCUGCGGUGCUCGGUGGAGAGGAGUGUUCGUGUUCGCGUUCGCUGGUGGACAUUGAUCUGACACGCCGAGGAGGCGCAGUCAAUGAGAGAGCGAUCCAAAAAGUCAAUCGGUUCUGUUAGCGGUCCAAAAUUCCCUCCGAACGACGAGAGUGGCGCGGACGGACGCGGAGGAGAAUAAGGAUUGAAUUUCCCCGUUCCUUGACACGGAAGACAGGCUGCCCGUUGCGCCGCAGAGAUGGGGAACCGGGGAAUGGAGGACCUGAUUCCUCUGGUGAACCGCAUGCAGGAUGCGUUCUCCGCCAUCGGUCAGAACGCGAACCUGGACCUGCCGCAGAUCGCGGUGGUGGGCGGCCAGAGUGCGGGGAAGAGCUCGGUGCUGGAGAACUUCGUAGGCAGGGAUUUCCUUCCUCGUGGUUCUGGCAUCGUCACUCGUCGUCCUUUGGUUCUGCAGCUCAUGAACUGUCCCACAGAAUUCGCAGAGUUCCUCCACUGCAAGGGCAAAAAGUUCACAGACUUUGACGAGGUCCGUCAGGAGAUCGAGGCGGAGACCGAUCGCCUCACUGGGGCCAACAAGGGCAUCUCACCUGUACCCAUCAACCUCCGCGUCUAUUCCCCUAACGUGCUGAACCUCACCCUGGUGGACCUGCCGGGCAUGACCAAGGUGCCGGUGGGUGACCAGCCCGCAGACAUCGAGUCCCAGAUUAGAGACAUGCUGCUGCAGUUCGUCACCAAGGAGAACUGCCUGAUGCUGGCCGUGUCCCCGGCCAACUCUGACCUGGCCAACUCUGACGCUUUGAAGAUCGCCAAAGAGGUCGACCCUCAGGGCAUGAGAACCAUCGGCGUCAUCACCAAGCUGGACCUGAUGGAUGAGGGAACCGACGCUAAAGACAUCCUGGAGAACAAGCUGCUGCCGCUGAGGAGGGGUUACAUUGGCGUCGUCAAUCGGAGCCAGAAGGACAUCGACGGCAAGAAGGACAUCAACGCUGCCAUUGCCGCCGAGAGGAAGUUCUUCCUCUCGCACCCCGCGUACAGACACCUGGCUGACCGCAUGGGCACUCCCUACCUGCAGAAGGUCCUGAAUCAGCAACUGACCAACCACAUCCGGGACACGCUGCCAGCCCUGCGGGCCAAGCUGCAGAGUCAGCUCCUGUCCAUCGAGAAGGAGGUGGAGGAGUACAAGAACUUCAGGCCCGACGACCCGUCGCGGAAAACCAAGGCUCUGCUCCAGAUGGUGCAGCAGUUCUCGGUGGACUUCGACAAGUGCAUAGAGGGCUCCGGGGACCAGAUCGACACGGCCGAGCUGUCGGGCGGUGCCAGGAUCAACCGCAUCUUCCACGAGCGCUUCCCGUUUGAACUGGUGAAGAUGGAGUUCGACGAGAAGGAGCUCCGCAAGGAGAUCAGCUACGCCAUCAAGAACAUCCACGGCAUCAGAACUGGCCUCUUCACCCCGGACAUGGCCUUUGAGACCAUUGUGAAACGGCAGAUUGGGAAGAUUAAAGAGCCUUGCACCAAAUGUGUGGACAUGGUCAUUUCUGAGCUAGUCAAUACAGUUAGGCAGUGUACCAAGAAGCUGGCUCAGUAUCCAAUGCUGAGAGAAGAGAUGGAGAGAAUCGUCACUCAACACAUCAGGGACAGAGAAAGUCGCACUAAGGAUCAGGUGUUGCUGUUGAUAGACAUCGAGUUGUCUUACAUGAACACCAACCACGAGGACUUCAUUGGAUUUGCUAACGCUCAGCAGAGGAUCAGCCAGAUGAACAAGAAAAAGGCAGCUGGCAAUCAGGAUGAAAUCAUGCCAGAGAGAGGAGUUAACGAUCGGUUCAAGGUGAUCAGGAAGGGCUGGCUGACCAUCAACAACAUCGGCAUCAUGAAGGGAGGAGCCAAGGAGUACUGGUUCGUCCUCACGGCGGAGUCGCUGUCCUGGUACAAGGACGACGAGGAGAAAGAGAAGAAGUACAUGCUGCAGGUGGACAACCUGAAACUGCGUGAUGUGGAGAAAGGCUUCAUGUCCAGCAAGCAUAUCUUUGCUCUCUUCAACACUGAACAGAGGAACGUGUACAAGGACUACCGUCAGCUGGAGUUGGCCUGUGAGAGUCAGGAAGACGUGGAUGCCUGGAAGGCGUCCUUCCUCAGAGCCGGAGUUUAUCCUGAACGCGUCACUGAGAAGGAAGGGAAGAGCGACGGAGGCGAUGAAAACGGCUCCGACAGCUUCGUGCACAGCAUGGACCCUCAGCUGGAGCGGCAGGUGGAGACCAUCCGGAACCUGGUGGACUCCUACAUGGCCAUCGUCAACAAGACCGUUCGCGACCUGAUGCCGAAGACCAUCAUGCACCUCAUGAUCAACAACACGAAGGAGUUCAUCAACGCCGAGCUGCUGGCCCAGCUGUACUCGUGCGGCGACCAGAACACGCUGAUGGAGGAGUCCGUGGAGCAGGCGCAGCACCGCGACGAGAUGCUGCGCAUGUACCACGCGCUGCGCGAGGCCCUCAACAUCAUCGGCGACAUCAGCACCACCACCGUGAGCACCGCCAUGCCGCCGCCGGUGGACGACUCCUGGCUGCAGGUGCAGCGGGGCAGCGCCGGGGGGAGGUCUCCGGCCACCAGUCCGACUCCGAACCGCAGGGCCCCGCCCGGACCCCCGGCCCGGCCCGUGUCCCGCGGCCCCCCCCCCGGGCCCCCCCCCGCGGGCGGACCCCCUGUCCCGUCGCGCCCCGGAGCCUCUCCGGACCCUUACAGCGGGGCCCCGCCCACUGUGCCCUCCAGACCUAACCGUGCCCCCCCCAACGUGCCCAGAAUCACUAUCACUGACCAGUGAGGACGGACGCCUCGGUCGGAGACCCCCACCUUCUCCAACCCACUGAGCUCCUCCCCCCCUCCUCUGGAUGCGAGGCUGUGGACUCCGGCGCCACCUCCCUGCCGUUUUUCUGCCUCACCCGACCUGAGCAUCCCUCCUCCUGCUCCUCCUACAAGCCACGUCUCUCUCCUCCCUCCCUCUCUCUGAGAUGCUGAGAUGCAGAAUACUUGAAACAAACCCGCAUGGCUGACAUAAGAACAUGCUGCACCCCUCAGAUAAGCUCCAGUAAACUUUGUAGAAAAUAAUAAAAUAAAUAUUUAUAACAACCAUGUCAGCAAGUGUAUGCGUAUGUGCAUGCACCACACAAACAAAAGUCAUUAAAGGGCAUUUGCAAAUAUAGCAUGACACUGAGUAUAACACUAUACUCCAACAUUUCUGAGUAUCCUGGAUGCAGACUGACUUUAGCUGUUAUAUUUAUCUCAUAUUCUCGGAUUUAUUAUAUUCUUUUCAAGGAACAGUUCAAAUCUGUUGUAUCACAGGCUCAUUGCAUGUUGCCUCCUGUGCUAGCACGUGAGAGCUAGCAUAGCUCUAAACUAUUUUUGGGUAAAAUUAUGCCAAACAAAUCACUUGACUUAACAAUAAAUGUUUAAUCAACUAAAGUAAUAGAUACCAGUGACAUGAUUUAUGCUGUAAGAAUUCAUUUUCUUGCAGCAUUUCAGGCCACAAUAGAUUUAGUUUGGAUGAAUUCGAAAUGAAGGAAAUGAACAUGAUGCAAUAUGAGGUCAAGCCGAACUGGACUGAACAUUGCAUCUAUGAAGCCCUUCUUUUUUUGAUUGGUCUUCAUCUGCAUCAGUAGAAACCCAAAGUCUCAGUUGAGAGCACUUCCAACCCGUUUCCUGCCCUCGCUGACUUUAAGGCUUCUCUCAAUCUUGUUCCUUCUUUCAUGUAAGCGUUUCCAUUUUCUCUGUUCCCACGAAGCAGCCGGCCAAACAGGGGAGACCCCCCUCGCCCCGAGAGCCCCCUGCCGCCACUUGACUCUUAGAAGAACCCCCUCCACUCUUUUGCCUCCUCCCUUUUAAAGCUCCAGCAGAACUGCACGAUCCGUCCCUCAGCUGGGACAGACACAAACCGACUACACGCACACGUACUGGGAUGUGUGCUGCUCUUCAUCCUUCACCUCCCGCUCCUCUUCUUUUUGCUGUAGGACAAGAGGAGCGAUCAUCUGAGGGACUUUUUUCAAUUUGUCACACUGUGGUUUUACGUUCCUGGUUACUGAAUUAUUUUCUGAAUUAUUAUUUUUUCACAGCUUUGUCACAAGCACAUCGUAAAAUGCUGUUGUCGCCACUUCUACACAACCUAUGCAACAAGUACGUUUUUGGACUUAGGGAAGUGUCUCCUCUCAUUUCCCUCUCUUCAUAAAAGCUGUGUUAAACCAGUCUCACAUGGGCAAGUGCAUUUCUACCUGAGCUGCUCGUACAGUCACGGUUUUAGAACGUUUGGAGAAUGUUUGAACGUCAGCUUUGAUCACAUCAUGUAUCAGAUCUUUUAAUACUGACAGGAAGUCCUUAAGGAUUGCAUCCAUGCUGGUAACCCUCCAUUUCUUUUCUGUUUCUUCUCCUUUUUCUUUACUCCCUCAGUGGUCACGGGGGUGAGUGAGCACACAGUCAGAGUCACAGUCUAUGCAUAGAAACCUAUGACACGCUCCUUCUGGUUCCCCCUCUCACACGCGCUUUGUGACUUCAACCCAUCUUUUCACCCCUUUAUCUGCCUUUGCUGUUAGUGUGACGUCUUGUACUACCCCAAUGAGAAGAACAAACCCGCCUGUAUCUCGACUCAAUUUAAAACCCACCGAUCCCUUCUUAGUCUUAGCUCUCCACAAGUGCACAAAAAACAACAAAGCAUAUCCCACUUAUUAUUUAAGAGUAAAUAGCUAUUUAUGGACAUUACGUAUUGUGUUUUGUGUGUGUGUGAUGCAUAUUACAAGUUGACUUGUACUUUCACUGUGUAAAGAAUUUAGUCUGCAGAGUAUGAAGACUGAACAUUUAAAUUAUGAAUAAGUGAGUAUGUGUGAAAUAUUAAUAUAAAAAAACGACAUAAGUGUCUAAUUAUGUGAUGUGUAUGAACAUUGGCAGGUUGUGUGAUACUUUAGCUCAUAGCACAGCGGUUGUGUUGUUUUUUUUUUUUGGUCGAUGUCUUGUUGAAGAGCAGGGAGGCGCCGUGGAUGCUGAAACCAGGUCGUCAAAAAGAACAGAGUUACAGUACGGUGCAGGACAGAUGUGCUUUGUCCACACAAUAAAAAACCUCAGUGUACCGAA